AUGGAUCCACACGUCCGAUGCCACAGCCAGGCAGAAACCUUCACGAAAGACCAGCAAGCAGACCUCAAUGACGAGGAAAACAAGAUCACCCUGUACAGCGAAGGCCUCGAUCACCUGCUGCCGCUGAGCUUGACCAGAAGCCCUGAACUACCGACAGACUUUCCACCGCGCGACCACAAGCCUCUGCCCGCCAGUCUACCAGAACAUUUUGUCAACGACAGACUGCAGCACGUCAACCUUCACGAUCAAGACAAGCACCUGCUCUUCGACCACGCGACACACACCUACUUCUGGAAAGACACCCGAGUGAGGGAAUCGGUGACCCAACUGAUCCACAGGUACGCCGCAGAGUUCGACCCAGAGGAAACGCUCAAACGCAUGUCCGAAGGAGAUCACUGGCCUCGGCCCGGGUACCUCAAAAAAAACAUCGAGCCAGACAUCAUGGAAGCAAUCAACCGACUGCCCAGGGGCCCCCACAUCCUGGCCAUGUUUCAGGAAAACCACCGCAACGAAGAAGAGCUGUGCCAACAGAUACGGACGGCAGCGCAGCAAGCAAGCCCGCAGGAGGUCACCACACUGCGUAGCUUCGCGAUGUCGAGCAGCGAGAUAAAACAGAAGUGGGAAGCCGCCCGUGACAACGCGGCCCGAGAAGGAACCUGGAUGCACGCUCAAUUCGAGUGCCUGCUGAACGGAGGGUCCGUGCGAGAAAUGACCUCAGAGAUCGCCCUGCUCUUCCGAUUCCUAGGGAAACUGCACGAAGGCACGGCCUACAGAACCGAAUGGAAAGUCUACGCCGAGGACAUCGACGUAGCCGGUAGCAUCGACUUCGUCAUCCAGCAAGCCAGCGGCAGCCUAGUGCUCGUGGACUGGAAGCGAAGCAGCAGAAUAUCAAGCCGCGGAGAGCAUUUCAACCGCUUCAUGAAACCGCCCCUGGCACACCUGGGAGACAGCACCCUCUGCCACUACCACCUACAGCUCAACGUCUAUCGAUGGAUUCUCCAACACCAUUACCACAAAGUCAUCGCAGAAAUGUACAUCGUGGGGACGCAUCCCGACAACGGCCACGAACCUUGGAUACAGCAGGUCGGAGUCAUGGACAACGAAACCACGAAGCUCAUCGACGAAGCAGUCAAGGCACGGGACAAGCAAGACCACGUGAGACACCGUUGA